ACUGGGAACAACAGGCGCCCCCAAUUUAAGAAGCUUCUACUAUAAAAACGGGCAAAAGAACUAACGCCUCCGAUCUGAGUUUCUCGCAUCUAAUACCCAAUCCUCCACUGACCUCCGCGAACAACCCUGCGAUCAACAUCUCAUUUCGGGUCAUAGCGUCGAUAGUCACCCAUAAAGCGAAACAAGAUGGCCGAUUUUGCCGAAGACAAAUCCCUGGGGCUCACUUACGCGUCUCACCAAUACGGGAAACAUAACCGUCAGAAGCUAGGCGUGUGGCAGUUUGCUGAUCGUCCGGCCCAAAAAACUGGUUAUUGGGUAGUCUUCAUCCAUGGAGGUGCCUGGCGUGAUCCUCGUAACAAUGAGAACGAUUUCACCGAGUCUAUCAAGCACAUUGUCAUCUCAGGUGCAGUCGCGAUACAAGAUAUUGCUGGCUUUGUCAGUAUCGACUACCGGCUAUCACCUCAUCCAGACUUCCCCCAGGAGUCUGCCACUGUAAAACACCCAGAUCAUUUGGAAGAUAUCUGGUCAGCUUUGAAUUAUCUACAAGGCAAGUACGAGCUGUCAAACAACUACAUCCUAGUCGGUCACUCUGCCGGUGCAACGCUCGCGUUCCAACUUCUCAUGAGUGGGGACAUUCUCGCCUCUCAUCCCAGGGGACCCUUGCCCACUGCCAUUGUUGGAGUAUCAGGUAUAUUCGAUCUUGUUGGGCUCAACGACAGGCAUAAUGGCGGGUAUGCUGGCUUCAUCGAAGCCGCAUUUGGUGACGAUAAGUCUGCCUGGGAACAGGUCUCCCCAGCUCGGUUUGGAUCAAGCUUCAAAGACAACUGGGCGAGUGGGAAAUUGGCAAUGCUUGCAUGGUCUGCUGAGGAUACACUCAUCGAUGAGCCGGAGAUUGACAAUAUGGCGUCUCUGUUAACUGAGCAGGGACUCAAAGUGGAGGUUAAUAAGCACCUCAGAGGCGAGCACGAUUUUGUAUGGCAAGACGGGAGUCAGAUUGCUCGCCUAGUCAUCACCACUCUUCAUCAUUUACACAGGAUGUGAAAAAGGCUCUCGUGGGUUGGAUUCAAUUUAAACAUUAC